CACUUUUAGAGAGAGAAAGAAAGAGUAGAAGGUGAUGAGCGUUUCGUGGCCGUGGUAGCUUCACGAGAUCAGAGAGAUAGAUAGUUAGAGAGAGAGAGAGAGAGAGUUGCUCGGGUUAUUGCAUGUUUGCUUCACGCAAGCAGUUAAAGGGCGGGUUGGAUGUGUCGCGUGGCUUCAAAGGUUUCAAAUAGGGUUUAAAAAUCUAAAAACAGACCCCAGUGACCCACCACCAAUUUUCCCUCUUGGCUUCUCCUUUUCGACUCCAUCAUCAUCAAUAGAAAAAGAUGAGCAGCAGUAGCAGCAGUGGUGCCGCCGGUGGUGCUAGCGGUGGUGGUGGUGGUGGUGGUGGUGGUGGUGGGCCUUGUGGUGCAUGCAAAUUCCUCCGGCGUAAGUGUGUGACUGGUUGUAUAUUUGCUCCUUACUUUGAUUCAGAACAAGGAGCGGCUCACUUCGCAGCGGUGCAUAAGGUGUUCGGUGCAAGUAACGUCUCUAAGCUUCUCCUCCACAUACCUCUCGAUAAGCGCCUUGAUGCCGUCGUCACCAUUUGUUAUGAGGCUCAGGCUCGUCUCCGUGAUCCCAUCUAUGGUUGUGUCUCUCACAUCUCUUCUCUUCAACAACAGGUGGUGAACUUGCAGGCAGAGGUCUCAUACUUGCAUGCUCAUCUGGCAACCCUAGAGGUUCCAUCUCCAACUCCGCCAACUCCGCCACCGGCGACGUUACUGACGCCACCGUCACUCUUGGUAGCGGAUCUUCCCUCAGAUUCAAGCAUGCAACCAGCAGCAUCCUUUGAUCUAUCGAUGCUUUUUGAUCCUCAGGUGCAAAUGGAACUCCGACAAUACAGUAGUGGUGGAGGUGGCGGUUGUGGUGUUGAUGGUGGUGGUGUUGAUAUUCAAGAAAUGGCAAGGGAGCUUCUUCAUAGACAUGGGUCCUCGGUGGGUUCAUCACCUGUGGUAGCACCUCCACUGCCACCACCGCCGCCUAUCCCUAGAUAAAGAAACUCUGAGAUCGAGUGACCUCAUUGACUGUUACUUUGUCUUUAAGAGUCUGUGCCGAUUGAAAUCCGGCUAAAUGAUGGAAUAAUCUAAUAAUUACCUGGUUUUGGAGGUGUUUUGUUCUCAUACCAAUUUGGAAUUUGAUGACCUCCCUCUUUCUGUUUAGCAAAAUAUUUAGAUGAGAUCAAAGAAAUUAGGCUACAAUUGGUGUAGUGAUUCAUGCA